AUGCUCGCCAGCACCAGCGGCAGCGCGGCGGGGCGCAGUGUCCCGGGCGAGGAGCGCAGGCCACGCAUCCGCCUGCGCCGGCCAGGACCCCAGGACUGGCUGGUGCUGCUGGAUGAGGCGUCGCUGCUACCCAGCUUGAGCCAGACCAUCCAGCAGCAGCACGCGCAGGAGUCGUCAGUCCAAGAUGGCAGCCCGGACAGCGACGGCGUGGCCCAGGAUGCGGCAGCAUCGGCCUCGUCGGCCGCCAUGCAGGCAGGCAGCCUGGGGGAGCUUCUGUCCCACAUCGGUGACCUCGGCGGCGCGCAGCAGCUGGGCCCUGGGGAUUUAGCGCGGGCACUCGUUGCGGCGGCACGGCUGCCGCCAGCUGCCGGGCAGGAUGAGCGGCUUGCUUUCGAGCGUACGUGCCGGCAGCUGCUGGCCAGGGCGGCCGAGCUGGGCCACCACGCCCUGGGCCCCUCGGGCCAGGCCGCGCUGAUCCACAGCGCCGCGCUGCUGCAGCGCCGCGCAGCGGGAGACUGGCGGGGCGCCGCGCUGGCUGCGGCGGAGGCGUUGGGCCCCAGCCUGCCCCUUGCCAGCAUGAGCGAGCUCACUCGGGUCAUAUGGGCGCUGGCAACUCUGCGCGCCGCUCCCCCUGCCGCCUGGCUGGACGCCUUCUGCCGCGCCUCUCAAUCGCACUUCCAUGAAGCCCGGCCGCGCCAGCUGUCGCUGACCGCCUGGGCGCUGGCGCGGCUGGACCAUGCGCCUGGCGGGCCCUGGCUGUCGGCCUUGCUUGAGGAGAGCGAGCCGCUGCUGGGGGCUGCUGCGGGCCGUGACUUGGCCGGGCUGGCCUGGGCCCUGGGGACAUGGAGGCGUCUGCUGGGCCCCCUCCCUGACUCGUGGCUGGCCGCCCUGUACGCCGCCACGGCCUCCCUGCUGCCCACCCUGCCGGCGCCAGCCCUGGGCCAGCUGGCCUGGGGCCUGGGGAACAUGGGCGCCGCGCCACCAGGUCCGUGGCUGGACGCACUCGCAGCCACAGCAGCGCGGCGCAGCGGCGGCCACGCAGCUGCCGCCAUCACCCCCACCACCCCUAAUGCGGGCGCCGACUUGCAGGGCGCGGAGGCUAGCGGCGGCGAGGGCGAGGGCAGCGGCGAGGACAGCGGCGGGUCUUUGAGCGGGCUGCAGGUCGUGAACGUGAUGUGGGCCCUGGCGCAGUGCCGCCACCGCCCCGCGGAGGCCGACAUGGCCGCACUCAUGGCGGCCUCGCGGCCGCUGGUGAUGGCACCCGGUGCGGGGUGCUCCCCGACAGACCUGUCUACGCUGGCGUGGGCCGCGGGGCGGCUGGGGUGGCUGCCCCAGGAGGCCUGGCUGGACGACUGGCUGGCCGCCUCUGAGCGCCUUAUGCUCGGGGGCCGCUUCAAGGGCAGCCACUAUGCGACGGCGGCGCUGGAGCUGGGGCGGUGGGGGCUCACACCGGUGGCAGGCUGGCGGGACGUUUUCUUCCGCAGCAGCGCUGCAAGGCUGCAGCUGUUCACGGCGCGCCAGCUGGGCACGCUGCUCUGGGGCGUGGGCCGCAUGGCCGCGCCGGUGCCGCACUCCUGGCUGCAAGGAGUGGUGGGGGCGGCCGCGGAUGCGCUGCCCGGGGACGCGCGGGGUGACGACGUUGGACGGCUGCUGGGAGGGCUCGCGCAGGCGCAGCCGGUGCUGCCGCCGCCGUUGCUGCAGGCCAGCAGUGGCGUCGGCGGGGGCGGCGAUACCGGCGAGGACCCUCUGAGCGACGCGCUUGGCGGCUGGGCGGUGACCGCUGAGGCGUCCGUGACGGGAGCGACAGCGCAGGCGCGACAUGCCCGCCCCGCGGGCAUCACCGUGUGGGCUGCUGACAACAAUGGCGCCGUCAGACGGCUGCUGUUGGCGGCCGCGCCGCUGCUUAGCGGCUGCGACGCGCGCAACCUGGUCACGGUCGCUGAGGCCGCUGUGCUCCUUGGGGUGGCGCCGCCUGCAGCGUUUGCAUCUGCGCUUGAGGCAGCUGUCGAGCGACUGCAAGCCAGGAGGCGGCUGGCUAAGCCAGACCAAGCAGCGUUGGCCGCGGCGACUCAGCAACUUGCAGCCCUGGGGCCUCGGCAGUAG